GCCGAGCCGGACCAUAGAGUCUUGGAGCUAGAGAAUCCCCCGGAGGGACCUGCGGACUAGAAAACACGCCCAGCUCGUCACCCCGCGGAGGAAGUUGGGGCGGGACCCCUGUGGUAGUUCCUGCGCGAAGAUGGUGGAGGAGGGGAGCAUCCGCGUGGUUCGCUGCGGUGGCAGCCAGCUGAACUUCAGGAGAGCGGUGUUCUCUGCAGAUUCUAAGUACAUCUUUUGUGUCUCUGGAGACUUUAUUAAAGUUUAUAGCACAGCAACAGAAGAGUGUGUCCACAUACUGCAUGGGCACAGAAACCUGGUGUCUGGAAUCCUCCUCAAUCCCAACAACCAUCUGCAGCUUUACUCGUGUUCCUUUGAUGGCACAAUUAAGCUGUGGGACUAUCUUGAUGGCAUUUUGAUAAAGACUUUCAUUGUUGGACCUAAACUUCAUGCCCUCUUUACUCAUUCCCAAGCUGAAGAUUCUGUCUUUGUUACAAUAAGUAAAGAAGAACCAGACAUAUUUCAGCUGGUGUCAGUGAAACUGCCUAAAUCAUCACACCAGGAAGUAGAGGCUAAAGAACUCUCCUUUGUUUUGGAUUAUGUAAACCAUUCACCCAAGUGCAUUGCCUUUGGAAAUGAGGGAGAAUAUGUGGCUGCAGUGCGGGACUUUUACUUGUCUGUGUAUUUUUUCAAAAGGAAAAAAACAGCAAAUUUUACUUUACCAUCAACCAAAAAUAAGAAGAAUGCUAAGAACACGUUCACAUGUGUAGUGUGCCACCCAAAAGAAGACUGCAUUGCAUCUGGUCACAUGGAUGGCAAAAUCCGUCUCUGGAGGAAUUUUCACGAUGACAGGAAGUACACGUACACAUGCUUACAUUGGCACCAUGACAUGGUUAUGGAUUUGGCUUUUUCAGUGACAGGCACCAGUCUGCUGAGUGGCGGGCGUGAGUGCGUCCUGGUGGAGUGGCGAGAUGGGACAGAAAAGAACAAGGAGUUUCUCCCUCGGUUAGGGUCCACUAUUGAACAUAUCUCCGUCUCACCGGCAGGAGAUUUGUUCUGCACCUCUCACUCUGAUAACAAGAUAACAGUUAUUCACCGAAACCUUGAUGCAUCAGCAGUAAUUCAAGGCCUAGUAAAAGAUAGGAGUAUAUCUACUGGUUUGAUGGUUGACCCAAGAACAAAAGCUUUAGUUUUGAAUGGAAAGCCCGGUCACCUGCAAUUUUAUUCUCUCCAGAGUGAUAAGCAGUUAUAUAAUUUAGAUAUUAUACAGCAAGAAUAUAUCAAUGAUGAUGGUCUGAUCCAAAUUGAACUAACAAAGGCUGCCUUUGGCUGCUCUGGUAAUUGGCUUGCAACCGUGGAACAACGACAAGAAAAUGAAACUGAACUUGAACUGCAAAUGAAACUGUGGACCUAUAACAAGAAAACACAAGGGUUUGUUCUGAACACAAAGAUUACCAUGCCACAUGAUGACCACAUCACAGCUCUCUGCUUCAGUAAUGUGGAAAACUAUGGAAAACCCACAUUGGUCACAGCUAGCAAAGAUGGUCACUUCAAAGUUUGGAUAUUAACAGAUGAUUCUGACAUAUAUAAAAAAGCUGUUGGCUGGACUUGUGACUUUGUGGGUAGUUAUCACAAGUAUCAAGCAACUAACUGCUGUUUCUCUGAAGAUGGCUCUUUACUAGCAGUUAGUUUUGAGGAAAUAGUUACAAUAUGGGAUUCAGAAACAUGGGAACUUAAAUGUACAUUUUGCCAGCGAGCUGGAAAAAUAAGGCAUCUUUGCUUUGGAAGAUUGACAUGUUCUAAGUACCUUCUCGGCACCACUGAAAACGGCAUUCUUUGCUGUUGGAAUUUGCUCAGCUGUUCAUUGGAGUGGAGUGCAAAAUUAAAUGUUAGUGUUAUGGAACCUGAUCCUAAUUCAGAGAAUGUCGCUGCAGUGUCUCAGUCUCCUGUAGGUUCAGAUUUGUUUGUAUUUAAACCUAGCGAGCCAAGGCCACUGUACAUUCAGAAGAAUCUCUCCAGAGAGGAAGUCCAGUGGGGAGUGUUUGUUCCACGAGACAUCCCUGAGUCUUUCACCUCAGAAGCCCUCCAGUGGCUGAACAGAUCGCAGUUUUACUUCCUGACAGAAUCACAGUGUUUAUUAACAUUCAGCACAAAGUCUCCAGAGGAGAAACUCACACCAACAAGCAAGCAGCUGCUGGCAGAAGAAAGUCUACCUACAACCCCAUUUUAUUUCAUACUGGGAAAACACAGGAAACAGCCAGAUGAAAAGUUAAAUGAAACUUUAGAGAAGGAACUAGUACAGCUCCCCUUAACAGAGAACAUACCGGCAAUUAAUGAGCUUCUUCACACCCCAGCCCACGUACUGCCAUCUGCUUCUUUCCUGUGCUCCAUGUUUGUAAAUUCACUGUUGCUGUCUAAACACACUAACAGUGCUGAAGAAAUGCCUGAUGAUAUAGAUAUGGAUGAAGAAAAAGAAAGUGAUGAUUCAGAUGAAGAAAAUGAUUUUACUGAAAAGGCCCAGGAGACAAAUACCACAGAUUUGGGAGAAGACAUUAUACAUCAGCUGUCAAAAUCUGAAGAGAGAGAACUGAGAAGGUUCAGAAAAGUAGACUACAGCUGGAUAGCUAUGCUGUAGGCCUUGGGGAUGGGGUGGGGUGGAGUUGUAAUUAGUGUUUUAUUGUAUAUUGAUACUCUAAAAACAUAUUUUUAAAAAGUUAUUUCUACUAAAGUAAAAUACUAAAGGUCUUGUCUGUUUA